CCUUUGUGUCAAGUGGAAAAAAAAUAAAACACUGAAUAAAUAAAUUCGAAAUAAAAAACCCAAGAAGAUUUAGUCCGCCUGGCUGAUGUCCAAUUAUUUAGAGAGAGAAAAAAAUAGAUCUCAAAUGAACUAGGUUGUUUUUGUUCAUUUUUUAAAGGUAUAUAAGUAUUUAAUAGCGGGUGGCAGCUCUUUUAAUGUGCAAAUGUAAAGCGGUGACAGAGAGCGCCAAUGAAAACAGACUCCCAAAUUCAGUCCGGCACUUUUUCCCCCCCGUCUCUGACAGCCAUGACGUCACUAUCGGGUUUAGCCAAUCACAGCAGGGUACGAGCCUUUCUACUUUCCGAAUGACACGCUCAAAGUUUGGACUUUUUCAGCAAAAGGACAGCAGGUCGAUGAAAAUGUUUUAUUAUCUUCCAGGUCUUCAUAUGUGAACUACCAAGAAAGACUGACGUUUUAUUUAUAGAAGAUUUCAAAGCAGCACUAAAUAGCAGCCUAUAGCCGUCGAUUCGAACUGUCUCUGUCUCUCUUUCUUUCUCUCUCUCUCUCUUUUUCUGUCUUCUUCUUGAUUCAAAGAGAAUGCCAAAGCUUGAACAUUUGCAAUGAUUUUAACUCAGCGACUGGAUUUCGCCUGGGAGGAGAUGGCUUUAACACAGCAAGCUGAAUAACUCGGAUUUUUAACGAGAAAAAAAAACACAAUCCAACAUAAUCUUACUUUUGUUAAUGCGAUGCUUUUUAUGCGCGAUUUUGCAAUUUCGUGCGCUUUGCUGCAUCAUAGGCUUCUCUUUUUGUUUUGUAGGAGAUUUCAUAAACAGUAAAUAACAUCAAUUAUUUUUUUUAUUAAUAACGCAUUUUGUUUGUACCACUCUCUUCGUAAUUUGCACAUUGUGAGACAGUUUUGAGCUGUAGUUGCUCGGUUAUGUUAGCUGUGGGGCAAAUGGACGGACCUCGUCAGGGCGCUUUCCUGCUGAACACUUCGCCUUUAUCUGCUCUGCACAGCAUGACCGAAAUGAAGACACCUCUGUACCCGGCUUACCCCUUACCAUCUACCGGCCCGGCCUCGUCUACUUCCCCUACCUCGACCUCUCCCAACCCAGGCGGGGUCCCGGUGUCAUCCCCGGGGAUCAAAACAUCAACGGCUGUACUCUCGGCUCUGGGAUCGCAGCAGUGCGGGGCCUCAGCCACCCCACAUGGCAUAAACGACAUCCUCGGUCGGCCGUCGGUGUUUUCUACUGGAGCAACGUCCUCUCCAGCCGGUCUGCUCUCUGGUCUGCCUCGUUUCAGUAGUCUGAGUCCACCUCCUCCUCCGGGGCUUUACUUCAGCCCGAGCGCAGCUGCUGUGGCCGUUGCCCGGUACCCCAAACCUCUGGCAGAGCUGCCCGGCAGGACUCCUAUAUUCUGGCCGGGAGUGGUGCAAAGCCCACACUGGAGAGAUGCCAGAUUUGCGUGUUCGCCUCAUCAAAACUCGGUGCUGCUGGAUAAGGACGGAAAAAGGAAGCACACAAGACCAACGUUUUCCGGUCAGCAAAUUUUCGCGCUGGAAAAGACUUUUGAACAGACCAAGUAUUUAGCGGGACCGGAGAGAGCGCGCCUGGCAUACUCCCUGGGCAUGACAGAGAGCCAAGUGAAGGUAUGGUUUCAAAACCGGAGAACGAAGUGGCGGAAGAGGCACGCGGCUGAAAUGGCAUCAGCCAAGAAAAAACAAGACUCAGAGACCGAGCGGCUGAAAGGAGCGUCGGAAAACGAAGACGACGACGACGAUUACAACAAGCCUUUAGAUCCCAACUCGGACGACGAAAAAAUCACGCAGCUGCUGAAAAAACACAAACCGACCCCCGGGCUCAUAAUGCACGCAGGAGACACCGACAGCUCGUAAAUGUCUGGGCAGGAGGAUCCGGGUUGCCUCUCCACUGCAGAAUUACACACAAAAAAUAACUGCGUGUUUUCAUUCAGUUGUGAAAUGUCUGUGAGUGUGUUUUUUUCGCAAGGAAAUAAGGAAGCAGAAAAAAAAGAAAAAGAAUAAUAAUCUCAUGCACUGCCGAAGGAAACGAGCGCGUCACACACUGCAAGCGGACGUUUAUGUAAAACAACAGCGUGAGUUGUAUUGAAGAGAAAUUAUAUUACUGUGAAUAUUUAUGUGUAAAAUAUCUUUUUUUGUAUAGUAAACGCUAUAGGCUCUUUUUUCUAAUCUCGAUUAUGUUCUGUUUGCAUCCCCACACCGGAAUAAGCGUCUCAUUUUACAUUUUACACAAGCUUUUCGUUCUUUUCUUUUUUUUCUUUCUUCCAAAUAGCAUUUCAUUAUAAAUCAGUGUAACCCAGUUUCUGCCCCCAACAGGCCCAAAACACCUGACAGCCAGUUUUUGCAGUUUAAGUUAAGUUUUGUGUAAAUAAUUAACACGGUUUAACAAUGAAACUAUAUUUGUAAAAAUAACCUCUAGUGUUCGUCUCACAAUAAUAGGAUGUUUCAUUUUUUUUCUCCACACUUAAUUUAUACAAUUUUACGUUUGUAACGGUGUUGGAUGCGGGAAAUGCGCUUUGCAUAUUCGUGUGAUAUUGCACUUUUAUUUAAUAAAAAAGUGAAUAUUA